CUUCCGCUUUUUGUUUCCCCCGGAGGCCUGUGUGUUUUGUUGUCCGAGGCCGUUGAGGUGUUUCGGCCGCGGUGAUGGCGCUGAGCUGCGUGCGGCUUUUCGGCAGCUGGAGCCGGAGCCGAGUCCAGGCCGCCGUGUCUUCAUUGUCAUCUCCAACAAGAUAUCAGAGUUCUCAAAGCAGUGUGAUUCAGCCAAGAAAUGAAGCAAUAACAUCACUGUCAAAACCACCAUGGUCUGAGGUCAAAUUGCCGGAUCCUGCAGAAGAGGCAAAACAUCACAUUGAGGUUGUACAGAACGUAAAGACUCUGAUCUCCACGGGAGCAUAUGGCAGACUGUUUGCAGUCAUCCACUUUGCUAGUCGGCAAUGGAAAGUAACCAAUGAAGACUUGAUCUUGAUAGAAAAUCAUAUUGAAGCAUACUGUGGAGACAGGAUCAGGUUAGAGAAGGUUCUCUUAGUUGGUGGAGAUGACUUCACGCUAAUCGGGCGGCCACUCCUUGGGCGAGACCUUGUACGAGUGGAGGCAACAGUCGUUGAGAAGACAGAAUCUUGGCCUAAGAUACAUUUCAGAUUCAAACGGAGAAAGCGUUACCGAAGAACAAGGAUAAAUGUGCAACCACAGACCGUUCUUAGGAUCAACACAAUUGAAAUUGCUCCAGCUCUGGCUUGACGCAAAGAGGAGAUUACAACAGUAACAUCCAGAGAAAGACUGCAGAAUAUAACAUCAUCUCUCCAUUCCUGCUAUUCUCAAGUUCAGGACCCUAGCUCUGUUAUAUUUGGAAUACAUCACAGAGAAAAACAACCAGUUUACAUUAGCCGCAACACUCCUGGAAUUUCAAGACCACCAAAGGAACAUCAGAAUGUAUCUUAUUUGUCUUAUGGACUUUAAUUCUUAUCAAUUCCACUUCCUCCACCCUGUAACUUGUUUUGUUUUACAUGCUAGUGUGUGUGUGCAUGUCAUGGGAUUCGGGACAGGUUUUUACCUUUUUAGUAAGUCUUAU